AUGUUCAGCGCUGGAUUCAGAAAAUGUCUCAGCCCAAGAGCUUUGCUGACAUCAGCCUCCCCAAGACGCUAUUCUUCCCACACAGAGAGGAAAUUAGAAGGCAAGGUAGCCCUAAUCACCGGCGCUGCCAGCGGAAUCGGCCGGGAAACCGCUGCCAAAUUCAUCAACCACGGCGCGAAAGUCGUUCUUGCCGACAUCCAGUCCGGGCCGGGCCACGAGGCAGCCCGUUUGCUCGGGCCCAACGCCUCCUUCAUCCAAUGCGAUGUCACCAACGAGCCUGAUGUCUCCCGAGCCGUCGAUUUCUCCGUGUCGACGCACGGCCAGCUGGACAUCAUGUACAACAACGCGGGGGUUGCGUGCCGGACCCCGCCGAGCAUAACCGAGCUCGACCUCGACUCGUUUGAUCGGGUCAUGUCGAUCAACGUUCGGGGGGUCUUGGCCGGGGUCAAACACGCGGCCCGGGUCAUGAUCCCGCGCGGGCGUGGCGUGAUCCUCUGCACAGGCAGCGUAACGGGCGUAAUCGGUGGGCUCGCGCAGCACGCGUACUCGGUUUCGAAAAGUGGGGUGAUCGGGAUCGUGCGGUCCGCGGCGGCCGAGCUUUCGGGGCACGGGAUUCGAGUCAACUGCAUUUCGCCCAUGGCGAUCCCGACUGAUUUCGCAAUGGACGAACUUAUGGGGUAUUAUCCGGGCGUGGAUCGGGAGAGGCUGGUGCGUAUGGUCCGGGAGUUGAGCUCGUUGAAAGGGGAGUAUUGUGAGGUGGGUGACGUGGCCAAUGCGGCAACUUACCUGGCUUCGGACGAUGCCAAGUUCGUGAGCGGGCAUAAUCUUGUGGUGGAUGGAGGGUUCACGUCGUUUAAGAGGUUGCAGCUGCCCGGACCGGACAAGCUCGACUAG